UCAAGGAAGAAAAUCCCAAUUAGUGUUUUUAGUCAUUGGUCUUGCUUUGUGACACUGGUGGUUUAAUAAUUAAUACAAAAAACGGUGUGUUUCUCUCUUACAUAAAUCAGCAAAUGCAAAUCUGUUCCACAGACAAAUCCAGUUGCUUGCUGCUCCUUGUGUUUGAGCCUCUGACCGGACAGAAAAUGUAAAGCCAAGGUGUUAAUUUGCAGUGAGGGGGCGCAGGGAUCAGGGGUCCUGCAGAAGAAUUUCCCAAAGCCUCGUUUGUUAGCCAGGAGGACCACAGACUGACUGCUGGACACAGUCAGAGUGAAAUACACAGUCGGCGGCAGAUAACUAAAGCCUGAACAGGCAGAUAGCAAGAUAAUCUGCAAGCUGUGACAUUCUGCUUGAAGAUGCAUUUCCUCUCUGCUGCGGUCAUCUUGCUGACAUUAGCGCUCACUUUACCGGUUGAAGCAGGCAAAUGUCCCAAAGUGUGCAUCUGUGACAGCUCCAAACUCACAGUCUCCUGCGUUGGCAAGAGCUUAACGGAGAUUCCCCCGACUAUAGAUGAGAUUACAAUAAAACUCGACCUGAGGAAUAACAACCUGAAGGAGCUGCCCAGGGGGGCGUUCAUCCACACACCCUACCUCACCCACCUCAACCUGCAGCGAUGCAACAUCAUCAGAGUGAAGGAGGGCGCUUUCCGGACCCUGGGCCGUGUGGUCUCCCUAAACCUGGCUUACAACAAAAUUGACAUCCUAUACCAAGAGUCCUUUGACGGCCUCUCCUCCUUGAAGGAGCUGCAUCUGGACCACAACCGUGUGGAGGAGAUCCAGCCUGGAGCCUUCACACAGCUGGGCUUCCUCAACAUGCUGGCCCUCACUCACAACCAGCUGGUCUACAUCCCCAACAUGGCCUUCCAGGGGCUGAACAACAUCAAGUGGCUUCGUCUCAGCUAUAACUCCCUGAACAACUUGGCCCCCGAGGCGUUCGCCGGACUGUUCACCCUCUCCCGCCUCAGCCUGGACCACAAUGAGCUGCAGUUUUUCCCCACUCAGACCAUGAACAGACUGCGUGAGGUCACGCGCCUGGACAUGAGUCAUAACCCCAUGAUCUACCUUGGGGAAGAAUCCAUCUCCAUGGCGAAGCUUACGCACCUUUACCUCGACCACAUGUCCCUUCAGGACCUGUCAGGUCACGCUCUGUCCGGCGCCCCCCUCCUCUCCCACCUGGACCUCGGCCACAAUCAGCUUCGUUACCUGGAGCCCCUCACAGGCCCCAAGGAGCUGAAGAGCCUCAACCUGACUGGCAACCCGGUCUACUGUAACUGCUACAUACGGCCACUGAGGCAGUGGGCGAGUGCGGGUGGAGUGAAGCUGCUGGGAGCCUGCGUUGGUCCUCCUCACCUGUCAGGCGAGCCGCUGCAGGCCGUGGCUCCUCUGGAUCUGCGCUGCCGCAGCCGAGGGGAGGAGCUGAAGGAUGAGUUUGACAAGGACGACGAGAGCGCAGGAAGCGCCCCACCCACUGCCAAACCCAAGCCGAAAGUCAAGUGUCCAGUUAACUGUGACUGUGAUAUUGAAGCCCAGCACGCCACAUGUGAGGGUCAGGGUCACACCAAAGUCCCACGAGGCUUCCCCGCCAAGACACAGCUUCUUGACCUCCGCAGCAACCACUUCCACCACCUCCCUGCCAACAGCUUCCCAGGCGCCAGCCAAGUAGUUUCUCUUCACCUGGAGUUCUGCAAAAUUCACGAAGUUGAAGGCAGCGCCUUUCGGGGGAUGAAAAACCUGCUUUAUUUGUAUCUUUCUGACAAUGACCUCACAUCUUUGGAUCCGGAAACCUUUGCCGGAGCCCCCGAGCUCACCUACCUUCACCUGGAAGGGAACCGGCUGGCACAGUUCCCUAGAUCAGCUCUGGCGCUCUUACCAAGUCUGUCUGUGUUACACCUGGAGCGAAAUGCCAUCUCCAAACUAGAGCCCAGUGGUCUGCUGCCCUCAGUAACACCUAAUCUUCGGGAACUUUACCUGACCAAUAACACCGUAUCUUCUAUUGCCAAAGGUGCCCUGGACUCCGCUUACUUAGUUACACUUCACCUGGAUUCAAAUCAGCUUACGGAGAUGCCGAGCCAUGCUCUGUCUGAAGCCCCUAACCUGGAGGAGCUCAGCCUUUCUCAGAAUUCAAUUCGCUGGGUCGGACCAAACGCAUUCCAGACCAUAUCCCAAAGUCUUAAGAGGCUUUACAUGGAUCAGAUGGGCAUAGAGAAGAUGUCCAGGGAUGCUCUGGCAGGGCUGGGCCCGGGGCUGAGAGCUCUGACUGUGAGAGGAAACCAGCUGGAGGAGCUUCCUGACCUGAGGCCACUCACUGGCCUGGAGGUGGUCGACCUGCAGGACAACCCCCUGAUGUGUGACUGUCCUCUGCUGCCGCUACGCAGGUGGAUGGAGAAUGUAAGUUUGGAGGUGACCGCCUACUGUGGGCACCCCCCUGAGCUCAGGGGUCAGAGCGUCAGGGACGUCCAUGUCUUCACAUCCUGCCCGGAGAGCAUCUCUCCUCCAGGCGAAAAGGUUGUUGUGGCCCUCAAACCUCAAAUAGUAAAGAAACCCAAACCCAGCCUCUCAAAGGUUCCUGGGCUCAAAGCUAAGCUGGUGAAGCCCAAAGCUGAAUUACCCAAACCAACCAAGAAAAGGCCUCCGAGGAAACCCGUGGCACCAAAAGUGACAAAGAACAAGAAGAUGUUUUCAUAAAUAAAGCAAUGGUCAGUCCAGCAAUCAUAUGAGUGGGUUUGUUAUUAUUACAGUCUGAUCUUGUUAUUUGAAUAAAGUGCUUCAGAUUAUACUUGUGUCACGUUUACAUGCACUCUUUGCCACUAAAGCAUAAUAACCACAUCAAA